UAAACAAUUACAUUUAAUUUUCUACUUAUCUGGUCGACAUCAUUUCGAAAAGGUCUACUAAUAAAUUCAAGGUGAUGGUAACAAAUAUGACAGACACACCAGCACCCGUGGCAUCUGCAGUUGUCGUUCCUAAACAAGAUGCGCCAAACGUUAAAAGUCCCCGCAGGAAGCGUCGACAAUCAUCCGUGUCCGAAGAUGCUUCUAAACGUCUCCGAAUCUCCACCGAAGACAGCGCCAUCUCUACAUCCACUCUACAUUCCUCUUCACAAGCUUUAGAUUCUACAAAGCUUGAAUCACCUGGAAAGAAUCAACCUCUUGCUGUUUCACCAGAAGCCGCGAGAAAUGGUCGUUCCGAAAGAAGAAGAAGUAGUGUUCAAGAGGAACGCAAGCGCGGCCAAAGAUUAUUUGGAGGCUUGCUGAAUACUCUUAAUCAAAGUACACCAAAUGGACAACAGAAAAGGCGACAAGAGAUCGAAGCACGACAAAAGGAGAGAGCCGCGCAACGAAAAGCUGAAGCAGAAGCUAGGAAGAAACAGAAGGCAGCGAGUCUUCAAGCGGUACGAGUGGUUGAGCAAGUGAAAUUUCAGGAAGAAUCGAUGCGAAUGCGACAUUCGAAUAUGUUAGCUAUAGCCCAGUUUCUUUCUACAGAAACAGAGCCAAAACUGUAUUACAAACCAUGGCAACUAUCACCCAACAAUGAAGCCAGAAUCAAGACCCAAAUCAAAGAAGUAGAGAUGUUGAUUGAAGAAGAAAAGUCCCAGUGGGCGAGUAAACAUCCAGAACAAGAUCCAAAAGCUGAUGGGGAAUCUGAAGUAAAGGUGACGUCUGAUGUGAUGAUGGGUGAGCCUCAUGUGGAGUCUCCAUCUAAUCCUAACAUUGAUACUACUAAUCCAAUCUCUACACUUGUUGCUCAGUCUUCACAGGUCAAGACUGAGAAAGAUAAUUUGGAAGAGCAUAAUGGUGAGGUAGUAGUAGAAGCAGAGGAGGAUACUGUUAUUUACUGAUUGCUCUAAAUGAAUGGGUUAAGGAGUUUAGCUUGCCGGAAAAUGCUCAAAUGGUAUUUAGGUGAUGGUGUGGUGUUUUCAGGAGGUCAAUGAUAUCCCACGCCAGCUUGUACUCUAGACCUGGCUAUAUUAAAAUGUUUCUUUUCUCUU